AUGGUCCUUGGCCAUCUCUUCAUAAUCUAUCUAUCUAUCUAUCUAUCUCAGUCUCUUCAUAAUCUAUCUAUCUAUCUAUCUCAGUCUCUUCAUAAUCUAUCUAUCUAUCUAUCUAUCUCAUCUCUUCAUAAUCUAUCUAUCUAUCUAUCUAUCUAUCUCAGUCUCUUCAUAAUCUAUCUAUCUAUCUAUCUAUCUAUCUCAUCUCUUCAUAAUCUAUCUAUCUAUCUAUCUAUCUAUCUCAGUCUCUUCAUAAUCUAUCUAUCUAUCUAUCUAUCUAUCUCAUCUCUUCAUAAUCUAUCUAUCUAUCUAUCUCAGUCUCUUCAUAAUCUAUCUAUCUAUCUAUCUAUCUAUCUUAUAAUCUAUCUAUCUAUCUAUCUAUCUAUCUCAUCUCUUCAUAAUCUAUCUAUCUAUCUAUCUAUCUAUCUCAGUCUCUUCAUAAUCUAUCUAUCUAUCUAUCUAUCUCAUCUCUUCAUAAUCUAUCUAUCUAUCUAUCUAUCUCAGUCUCUUCAUAAUCUAUCUAUCUAUCUAUCUCAGUCUCUUCAUAAUCUAUCUAUCUAUCUAUCUAUCUCAUCUCUUCAUAAUCUAUCUAUCUAUCUAUCUAUCUCAUCUCUUCAUAAUCUAUCUAUCUAUCUAUCUAUCUAUCUAUCUCAGUCUCUUCAUAAUCUAUCUAUCUAUCUCAGUCUCUUCAUAAUCUAUCUAUCUAUCUAUCUCAGUCUCUUCAUAAUCUAUCUAUCUAUCCCAGAAAUUUCUGUCCUACAGUUUUUCCUAUGUGUGCACCAUUGA